GAUGUAUGUCAGGAUCCCCAUGACAGAACCCCAAAUUUGGACUUCUAACUGCACUCUGCCCCUGAUGUGGCACUGCAAAUUACAAGAUGACAAAGAAACAGUCUUUGGACUUUGGGAGCCGAUCCUGGCCUGAGAAUUGGCUCAGCAAUGUUGCUAGGAGCAUGUGCGCUUUCCAGGCUGUGUCUCCUUGUGGCUGUACUAUGGUCUGAGAGUUUCUCUAGAUUUCCCGACCCUUGCCUCGAUGAUCCAGACUACGAUGAGCUGGUGAAGAUUGCAGAAAACGGGCUUGGAAAGGCAGCUCAUCCAGUGGAGGUGGUCCUUGUAGGGGCAGGCAUAAGUGGACUCACUGCUGCCAAACUGCUCAGAGAUGCCGGUCACAUGGUUACAGUUCUGGAAGCCAGUGGUCAUGUGGGAGGACGAAUCAGGACCUAUCGAGAUGAGACACAAGAUUGGUACAUGGAGUUAGGAGCCAUGCGUUUGCCAAGCACCCACAGAAUUGUUCGUGAAUUUAUUACGCAAUUCAACCUUUAUCUGAACAAGUUCUCUGAGAUGGAUGACAAGGCCUGGUAUUUGGUUAAUGGUGUCAGGACAACAGCUGGGAAGGUCAAACAGAACCCUGAUAUCUUGAAUUAUACUGUGGCUCCAUCAGAGAAAGGUAAAUCUGCUAAGGAACUUUAUGUAGGAAUUCUGCAGAAGGUUUGUUUAUUGGGUGAUUGUAUAAAGGAAGGUAAAUUACCAGGCCUGAUUCUGAAAAAUGCCCCUAACUUCUACUGCAGCACAGGAGGACUCUUCUUCUGUAGUAUGUGCUGGUCUCCCCCUCUCUUUUCCCAGCACAUCCCUUCUCAAUACCAUUCCAAUCCACAAUACAUCCUGAGUCAGGGGAAUCUUAGACUGCUGCCUGCAUGGAGCUAUAAUACUCCUUGUAGGGGAUUUACCAUGUGA